AUGCGAAGAAGUAAUAUCGUUCAAGAUCAAACCCCAUCAAGAAGACCGAUGGUCAACACGAAAAUUACCAUUGUUUCCGCUCCAAAUCAACACAUUUCCGUAUCAUACCAAAAAAACCAAAUUAGGCAAAUCAAUGGUAUCCCUGAGAAGUUCAUACCAUCGAGCAACGAGCUAGUUGUUAAACCCAUACAACUGACUAAGUCACAUUUCAUUGAUGCUUAUUCAAAGGGAAAAUGGAAUCUUUCGAAAGUCCCUUGCCCUCCAUUUAUGGAGGAUUUAGGGUAUAUGAAACCACCAGAGAGUUUUGAUGAGAUAUCAAGAUUGGAUGCCGUUUCCAAAUACAAGGAUUUGGAACAUUGGGGUAGCUCUAAGUUUUUCAACAAGCUAUUGGCCAGAUUGAAGAGAGAGUUCAAGGUAAGCGGCGUGUCAAUUUCAUUGAUUGAUAAUCUGAAGUGUUAUUACAAGUUUGAAACAUGUUUAGGGAUCGCCACUAUUCCCCGGUGUGUUGCGAUAGACUCUCAUGCUUUAUUAUCAAAUGGAUAUUUUCUAUUAUUAGAUGCGUCUCAAGAUUGGAGAACCCGAACGAAUCCAUUAGUUGCUGGCUCACCAUAUAUAAAGUUCUACUGUGGCGUGCCCUUGAUGAGCGACGACGCAGGCGUAAUUGGGAUUUUAGCCAUUUUUGACAAUCAGUCUAGAAUUGGAUUUAAUGAUCAAUCGUUUAAGAAUUUAUGCUCCUACAGAGAUGAAAUUAUGACUUAUUUGAACCAGCCUUUUGGAACUGAAUGUCACCCACCUGAUCGUGGAAUUGCUGAUUCUUUACUUUUAUACGGAAAUAAAACGAAACUGGACUCUUUGGAGGAGUUAAUGAAGGAAUUGGGAAGACCAACAACGAACAAGUCGUCUCUAGUUUAUGAAAAAGAUGGUUCAGGAGGGCCAUAUAACCAAAAUCAGAAUAUCCGCUUCUACGCUUUCAGUAAGAAGAUUAAAAGAGGUUCUUCAACUAACGAGUCAGAGGAAAAGAAAAAGAAGAAGAAUGCCCAACGAGGAGAGUUUUCCAGUCUUCGAAUCUCGGGACACCAUCUGAAAACUCCCCCCUCUGCAGAUUCUAUCGACGAUAAGAAAAUGUGGCACAUGCUUUUCAAAGUUGGUUCCUUGAAAAAAGCAGCCACCUUAUUGGCCAACUUGCUUUCUGCAUCAUUUGAUUACGACUUGGUUUACAUCCUAGAGAUAAGAGUAGCUGAAAAAUGCCGCAUUUUGAAUGAAUAUUUCCCUCCAGGUUUGGACAAAGCUAAUUUAGACCUGUUUAAAUUUGCAAGCAAACUUGUCAAAUCAAGAAAAUCACCAGAUGAGUUCAUGACAAGAUUAGUUGGUCACCAUAAUCAAGGAAGCCCAAGUUUGAUAUCGCAGAACAAGAUUGAACAAUUUUAUCAAGAUUCAAUACAUUAUAAAGCUUUUAUAUCUGAGUUUGGAUUGGAGUAUACAAACAUCAAUCGUGAUACAGUCUACAAUCAUGGUCUAUUGAUGCCUUUUUUUAGACACGAUUCGAAAUUAGUGAGAAGCAAUGAAACUAAAAAAGAUAAAAAUGCCAAAUAUGUCGACUUGUAUUUGAGAAGUGGCGGAUUUCUAGUUGCAUUAUUUGCAGACAAAAUCAAACCAGUUGAUAGCGAAAUGGUGUCUGCUAUAUUCGACCACGCGUGUACAUAUAGAAAGAUAUAUAUCAGCUCUCAAUGA